ACCCACACACGCACACACACACACGUGCACAUGCGCGCGCGUGCGAGCGUGAAUACGUUCGUAUUAGCUUCGAAAAGGUGGGGAAUUGCAUACGAAUACCUUUGUACACGGAAACGCGUACGUAACCAAGUGGCUGUGUGUACUAGUAGCGUAACGAAGAAAGUAACUUCGUUUCUUUAUCUCUGUUUAUCAUUUUUUGAUAUUAUAUUAUUUUUCAAAUAAUUGGAAACUGCAGAGUGAAGAAAUCAAAAUGUCAAGUGGACAAACACAUAAGUAUCGUUAUAAAAAUGUGGGCUUAGACUCACAGGAAUUAAGACGACGUAGAGAAGAAGAAGGUGUGCAAUUGAGAAAACAAAAGCGUGAACAACAAUUAUCAAAAAGACGUAAUGUACCUAAUAUUGUUACCGAUGAGGAUAAUGUUUCCACUACAGAUGAAUUUUCUCUACCUACGCCACAAUUACAAGGUGUUGUUAUAACAAAAAAAUUGGUACAAGCAUUAUACAGUCCUAAUGUAGAAGAUCAAUUAGCAGCUACUCAAAAAUUCAGAAAAUUAUUAUCCAGAGAACCAAAUCCUCCUAUAGACGAAGUUAUACAUACAGGGAUAGUACCUCGAUUUGUUGAAUUUUUAAAAAAUGAUAGUAAUUGUACGCUCCAGUUUGAAGCAGCUUGGGCUUUGACAAAUAUAGCAAGUGGGACAUCUCAACAAACGCGCAUGGUAAUAGAAACAGGAGCUGUACCUACUUUUAUAUCGUUACUCAGUUCUGAGUAUGAAGAUGUACGAGAACAAGCAGUUUGGGCAUUGGGCAAUAUUGCAGGAGAUAGUCCUGAAUGUAGAGAUCAUGUUAUUUCUUGUGGUGUCCUUACACCACUUUUACAACUUCUUUCUAAAAAUGCACAUUUAUCUAUGACACGGAAUGCUGUAUGGGCGUUAUCAAAUCUUUGUCGUGGCAAAAAUCCUGCACCUGUAUUUUCAAAAGUGGCACCAUCUUUACCAGUUUUAGCUCAUCUUCUUAAUCAUCCAGAUUCAGAUGUUCUUGCUGAUACUUGUUGGGCUUUGUCAUAUUUAAGCGAUGGGCCAAAUGAUAAAAUACAAGCAGUUAUAGAUGCUGGUGUUUGUAGGCGCCUUGUAGAACUUUUGAUGCGUGAGGAAAGCAAUGUAGUAAGUGCAGCUCUUCGUGCUGUUGGUAAUAUAGUUACUGGAGAUGACGUGCAAACUCAAGUUGUACUAAAUUGUUCAGCGCUACCUUGUUUAUUACAUCUUUUGAAUUCUCCACGAGAAAGCAUACGUAAGGAAGCUUGUUGGACAGUUUCUAAUAUCACUGCUGGUAACCCUCAACAAAUACAGGCUGUUAUUGAUGCUAAUAUUUUCCCUGUAUUAAUUGAUAUAUUAGGAAAAGCCGAAUUUAAAACUCGAAAAGAGGCAGCUUGGGCAAUCACAAAUGCUACCAGUGGUGGUACUCCUGAACAAAUUCGUUAUCUUGCCUCACAAAGAUGUAUUUCACCAUUGUGCGAUUUAUUAACUGUUAUGGAUGCAAAAAUUGUGCAGGUUGCAUUAAAUGGUUUAGAAAAUAUUUUACGUCUUGGAGAACAAGAUGCUAGUAUGCACAAUGGUAUUAACCCUUAUGCAGUAUUGAUCGAAGAAUGUUAUGGCCUAGAUAAAAUAGAAUUUCUUCAAUCUCAUCAAAAUAUGGACAUUUAUCAAAAAGCUUUUGAUAUUAUCGAUCGAUACUUUGGUUCCGAGGAAGAAGAUACUAGAAUUGUUCCAUCUAUUGAUUCGCAAGGACAACAAUUUCAAUUCACAGCACCUGAUUCUUCUCAACUUCCAGUCGAAGGCUUCGAUUUCUAAAUGAUUAAUUAUUGAUUGAAACCUGGAAUACGUGCUUCUGAAUACGAUGUUCCACGCUAUCUUUUACGAUCCUUAAUCUCAUGAGAAAUGUAAUAUCUCUAAAACUGAAAUACCAACUAGCUGUACGAGUUUUCUCAUACAUUGUAUUAUUACAAA